UUUUGAAGUGCCGAGAGCUUUUCCCGUCACGUGACUGUUGAUGCACACAGGCUGUCAAACCUGCAUGUCCACAUCAUCUCUGAUAAAGACCAUGCACGUAUUUAUCACACAUUAAACUCGUAAAUUAGACAAAUAUCGGCAGAGGUGCUGAAAUGAGAGCAGAUGUGAUAUUUCUGCUUAUCUGUCUGCUGGUUAAUGUUGUCAGAGGCACAUUAUCAAAGACAGAUGCCAAAAAAGCCAAUAAGAUCCAGGAGGCUGAGACGACAAUAGCAGAUCGUCCGGUACAGGACCGGGGUCUGGUGGUAUCGGAUCCUCUCUGGAGAGAUAUCGUGAGGGAAGAAAAGCGUUUCUGUCCUCAGUGUGUCUCCACACGACACUUCCAGGGAUCUGUACUGGGUUACAUCACACCUUGGAACUCUCAUGGAUAUGACAUUGCUAAGUUGUUUGGUCCCAAAUUGACGUCCGUGUCUCCGGUGUGGCUCCAGCUGAGAAGAAGAGGACCAGAGAGUUUCCACAUCACCGGACUGCAUGACCACGACCCAGGUUGGGUCAAAGCUGUGAGGAAAGCCAACAAGAAAAACAAAAUAUUACCUCGAUUGUUGUUUGAUGGAUGGUCCUAUCAGGAUUACAUGACCGUGCUGGACAGCGAGGAUGAGAUGGAGGAGUUGGGUCGAGAGGCGCUGGAAGUUGCAAAGGCUGAAGGUUUUGAUGGAUAUACAUUGGAGUUAUGGAGUCAGUUAGGAGGAAAUAAGAGAAAAGAGCUGGCACACCUGGUCACGCACCUGUGUGAAACUCUACAGGCGGGAAAGCUCACCUGUGUGCUGGUCAUCCCUCCUGCAGUCGCACCUGGUACGGCUCAGCCGGGAAUGUUUGGCCAGGAAGACUUUGAGAAACUGGCACCUGUGGUGGACGCGUUCAGUUUGAUGACCUACGAUUACUCGGGCCCUGGAAGGCCCGGGCCGAGCUCUCCUCUGCCGUGGGUCAGAGAGUGUGUCCUUCAGCUCGCUCCACAGAACCAGUGGAGAAAUAAGAUCCUGCUGGGAAUCAACAUGUACGGUCUGGACUUCAGCAGUUACGGCGGGGCAGAACCGCUGCUGGGGAGCAGAUAUAUUGAGCUGCUAAAAGAGGUGAAACCGAAACUCCAGUGGGAUGAAAAUGCUGGUGAACAUUUCUUUAAUUUUAAAAGGAGUAAUGGAGCGAAACAUGCUGUUUACUUUCCAACUUUAAAGUUUCUGCAGCUCCGUAUUGAACUGGCAGCUGAACUGGGAACAGGAAUUUCCAUGUGGGAACUGGGACAAGGAUUGGAUUAUUUCUAUGACCUGUUGUGAUCUAUUCAAGCUGUGAUUAAAACCUAAACUGUCCAAUCUGCUUCCGAAUAAUAAAGUGUGAUUUAUCAGAGCACUUAAGAUAUUUAUGAUGAUAUCAUUGUUGAGCAUGCCAAUAAAAUUAUUUUU